UUCCUCUUUCUCCAUUUGGGAUUUCAGAGAUAAGCAGUUGGCAUUGCCUUUAAAAAUCCCUCCUAAUCCUUCACAUUUCUUCAUCUCCAAACCUAAUUCUCUAUCUUUCGGAGGGUUUUCAAGAAUUAUUCAACGUUAGCUAUGACUGUGGCGAAGAAGAAUUUUAGGUGGAAAUGUGUUGUCCCGGCUUGUUUCGCUGCUAAGAAGGAGCCUGCAUCAGGCAAGCCGAAAGAGGCAGCGACGAAGCAAAGUUCAUUCCGGAGGCUUUCAUUUUUGGAUUUGAGUUCGGCUACAUUUUCGGAAGAUCUUUCUGUAUCUCUCGCUGGUUCAAAUCUUCAUGUUUUUUCGCUGGCUGAGUUGAAGGUGAUAACGCAGAGCUAUUCGUCGAGUAAUUUUCUUGGUGAAGGUGGGUUCGGACCGGUGUACAAGGGGUUCAUUGAUGACAAACUUCGACCUGGUUUGAAGGCUCAGCCGGUGGCUGUUAAGCUUCUGGAUUUAGAUGGUUCGCAAGGACAUAAAGAAUGGUUGACAGAAGUGAUCUUUCUUGCACAAUUGAGACAUCCACAUCUGGUGAAGCUGAUUGGGUAUUGCUGUGAAGAAGAACAUAGGCUACUGGUUUAUGAAUAUAUGCCUCGACGCAGCUUAGAGAAUCAGCUCUUUAGAAGAUAUUCUGUAUCACUACCAUGGUCAACAAGAAUGAAAAUUGCUCACGGAGCUGCAAAGGGUCUUGAGUUUCUCCAUGAAGCAGAAAAUCCAGUCAUUUAUCGGGAUUUUAAAGCUUCAAAUAUCUUGUUAGAUGCAGAUUACAACCCUAAACUCUCAGACUUUGGGCUAGCAAAAGAUGGUCCAGAAGGAGAUGACACCCAUGUUUCCACAAGAGUUAUGGGCACACAAGGCUAUGCGGCUCCUGAAUACAUCAUGACAGGUCACUUGACUGCAAAGAGUGAUGUUUAUAGUUUUGGGGUGGUGUUAUUGGAGCUUUUAACAGGCAGAAGGUCGGUGGACAAGAGCCGUCCCCAGAGAGAGCAAAACUUAGUAGAUUGGGCGAGGCCGAUGUUGAAUGAUCCCCAGAAGCUUGGUCGAAUAAUGGACCCGAGACUCGAAGGUCAAUACUCAGAGAUGGGCGCUCAAAAGGCGGCUGCAUUGGCUUAUCUAUGUCUUAGCCACAGGCAAAAACAAAGGCCAACGAUGGGCACUGUGGUUAAGAGUUUGGAGUCGCUUAAAGACUUCGACGACAUUCCGAGAGGAACCUUUGUGUUUACAGUCCCAAUCGACACCAAGGAGGAAGAUGUAAAGGAAUGUAAAACAAAGGGAACCAAGCAAAGAGAACAGUCACCAUUGACAAAACUACAAGCUCCAUUGAAGUCGCCGUUGCACCCCAGUGCAGCAUAAAUCACAAAUAUUAUAAAUUAUACUGUAAAUUAUUAGGCAUCUAGAAUUAAGCACGCUUGGGAGGAAAAAAUGGCUUUCGUUACUUGAUUUUUUCAAAUACAGGAAAUGCGAUUCAGAUAUGGACAA